AUGACGUCGAAUAAGAGGAACGUCCUACUAUCGGACCGAUCCUGGGUCCAGUCAUCAUUCAGGAAUGACCAUAAUUUAAUGAGUCGUUCGUGUAACUCGCCAUUCUCGGCAGAAAGAAAAGUCCGUCCGGCGGAUUUUUCCUGCAAGGCAAAACCAGUUGAUUACCGUGAACAUCGAUGUUAUGUUUGUCAAGCAACCUUUUUAUCCAGCAACGGUUUACAAAAACAGCUUCGUCAACAAUGCUUUCCAUCAAAUAUCCGCGAACAGAUUGAGAUCGGCACCUCAUAUCGAAAUCCGAAACAACGACAACAAGCGCAACAAAUUUUAUGGCGACACGGACAAUUGUUUGAUCUGCGUCAACCAUCCAUAAUCAAAACAACAGUUCGUCAUGCUAUCGAAACAGGAAAUCAUCCACCUGUAUUUACUCCAGCAUAUCGAGUUUCAUAUAAAGAUGAGCAAAUACAACGUGAUGAAAUUAACAAAUUAUUAAAACAAGAAGUAAUCGAAGAAUCCACCUCUCCGUGGUCAUCCCCAUUCGUUCUCGUUCUAAAGAAGGAUGGAUCUGUGCGAUUUUGUAUCAAUUUUCGGAAGCCCCACAGUAUAAGCAUAAAAGAUGCAUUCCCAAUUCCUCGAAUUGAUGAUAUUUUCGAUCAUUUAGCGCAAGCUGAAUAUUACACCACAAUUGACUUCAAGUCAGGUUAUUUCCAAGCUGGACUUGAUCCGAAAGAUCGUCCAACAGAGAUGGGCGAGCCAAGCCAUUUUUCGAGUAGAGUCGAGUCCUUUCGUCGAGUCAUUUCGUAG